AUGCCGGAAGCGCAAGCAGACCCCUCACUGAGUAACCCGUCCGCGGCGGGACAAUCACCAGUUUGGCAGAAGAGACGACGAAAGAUCCGUAAAGGCACACAGAGUUGUUGGGAGUGUAAGCGUCGCAAGACACGAUGUACCUUUUCCGCACCUACAGACACUAUCUGUGAUGGAUGCAGGAGCCGCUGCACUAAAUGCAUCAGCCAAGAGUUCCACGAUAGCGGAGCACUGGUGCGUACAAAUGGCGAUAGGCUGAGUCGGAUGGAAUUCUUAGUUGAUCGGUUGGCAAACCGAAGCAGUGCUACUUUGCCAGACACAUUGCGCCCCGAUCGACCUGAUCAAUACGAGACUGCAGAUCUCAUGGAAACACCGGGACGUGAUAAUGGGAUUACCAACUUGGAGUUGUUUCCUCCACCAGACCCCAUUGUGGCCUCCGAAUCAAAUAUAGCGAGUCUGCUGACUCGAAACUUGGAUGAGAUAUCGCAAGCGCUUCUCGCAGUGUGGCCGGAUCAACACAAUUUGGAUUUGAUAAUGAGCAUUCCAGUCGAUAUAUCGGUUUUACUUCACGGAACAGUAUGCAUACCAUAUUCGAAGCUCAUCACCAACCACUUGACAUCAACGCACCGUAUGCUAGCGUUACCCGCAUCAGGUUCUCACCCAAUCCUCAUUGCAAGGAGGUUACUAUUGUUGGCCACCCUGUUGCAAGGCAUCCCAGCAUGUUCAUUUGCAAACGUCGUGGGCAUGGCUCUAGAUGGCCGCGUGCUUAUGUCCCGUGUCUUCUCCACCGCGAGUAGGCUUGUGACGAGUAACGAUGAAUUUGUCAACUCGCUCGAGGGAAUCGAGUGUAUUAUGAUCGAGAGCAUGUAUCUGAACAAUGCUGGCGAACUCCGUCGCGCUUGGAUGACGAAUCGCAGAGCCAUGACGAUUGCGCAGAUGUUGGGCCUGAAUACAAGUAGCAAUUCGGCAAGCACGAUUCUGGAAGCAGACACCCGAGCACGCAUUGACCCAGACUACAUGUGGUUCAGAUUAGUCUGCAACGAUCGGUAUCUUUCGUUGAUGCUCGGGUUACCUCAAGGCUCGAUUGACAGUGCGUUCGCCGCUCCGGAGGCACUACAAGGCUGCACAGCAUUGGAGCGGAUGGAGCGCCUGAUGACUGCCGCGGGUGGUCUCAUCCUACAACGUGGCAGCACAUUUGAACGUGCGGACGUCACCACGACAUAUAAAAUCGACAAAAUGAUCCAAGAGGCUGCCGCCUUGAUGUCACCACAGUGGUGGGCGGCGAAUCCUGGAUCUGGCGCCGUUGCCAACAACGAUAUAAAAGCAUAUGAGGAGACAAUUCGUCUUACGAACCAAUUAGCAUACUAUCAUCUUCUGGUACAGCUGCAUUUACCAUAUAUGAUGCAAAAUUCAUCCAUGAAUUCCAACUAUGAUUAUAGCACAUUGACCGCUGCGAGUGCCAGUCGUGCGAUUGUUACGCAAUUUGUGUCUUUCCGCCAAUCCAUUACAGGUACUGCUUAUUGCCGUGGCAUGGAUUUUGUUGCUUUCAUUGCUAGCACGGCGCUAUGCCUCGCUCACGUUGAAUCUCGCCGGCCGCGACAAUUUGACUCUGAGAAAACUGUCCGGACCGGACUGCGGUGCCUUUACCAUCAACGUCUUCGCGACAGGGGAUUGCUUGAGCGCAUUCUUGAAAUUAUGGAGACAGCAGUUCAAGUCAGCAACGAUGCGGUUGCUGAGAAGAUCUCCGGCAUCCUUCGACCCCUUCUUGUCGUCGAAGAUAAUUCAGCUAAAGGGACCACGUAUGAUGCAAGUGCCUCACCAGAGGUGGGCAAGCAAGCGCACCAUCGUUCGGGCAAUACAGACGAAGCUUUCAAAGUAUUAAAGAUUGAGAUCCCGUACUUUGGUACCGUCAAGAUCGACCACCGUCACAUAACUCAUGAGAACGUUGGCACAUCACCUACGUUCACUCAUGAACAGCUUGGGCAUACGCAUGCUUCAGAGCGUAGUGAUCCUGGCUUUACUCUCCUGCGCGAACCAAACCCACCACGUACUUCACACCGAUAUGGACAGUAUUACACUAUUAAUGCCACCAAUUCAGGCAACACUGAUUGUCAAGACGAUGCGUUCACUCUGAACCAGCCACCAACUGAUAGGCUGCAACAAUCUGAGCUAACGCUGAGUGCAGAUAAUGACUGUUUGUUGCUUGAUACCGACAGUGCGCUCUUACAGGAUGAUUGUCUCUUUUUGCCGACUGCUACGACAGGGACAGAUGACUGGGCUUUACAAGGCGUUGACAUGGCGUUGUUUACUACCCUCACGCAAAACUCAGGUGACUGA